UAGAAAGACACUUGUGAUCAGUAGCCGGAUGUAAUCAUUGUGAGAUCAGUGUCCACCGGGAGGUAUUUAGCCUUUGAAGCUUAAGAUUUGGGCCCAAACCUUGGUCAACGUUUUGGGUUUGUGGGCCUUAGCUAGUCCAGCGAACAAACAACACAGGUUACACUACAUUUAAUUAUCAGACAAUCUUCAGUGCUGUGAUGUUUGUGUGACUUUUCAGUAUUAACACUGAAAGAAGAGACAAUUGUUUAUGCCAUGUCACUACAGUACCGGACUUUGGAUAAUGUGGUUAAGCAUCUUCGAUUGAUUUUUCCCAUAAUAUUGAUCUUCAUUCUGUGCGUGUAUUUGUAAUACCAAACUUACCCCCAUCACAGAAGACAUCAUUUGCUGAAAAGUGGGAUUUAAUAGUUUGUAUGAAGGAAUAAUGUUGUCACUUUCUCUGAUAUAGAAAUGCUCUAUGUUACUCUAAUAUUGAUCCAUAAUUUUAUCUUGUCGAAUUGAAUAAAUUGCAACAUGUAUCCCAGAUAUUUUAGUCAUGAGGUCAUUUGGAAAGCCUGAAACUUGACUCUGGCCUAAGAUUGUAUGAAAAUAUUGUACGUUAUGUAAGUGAAACUAAUAGCCUAAUUUCUCAAGAAUGUUCUAUUAUUGUUUUAUUUAAUACGAAUUGUAAGUCCUCAGAAUGUUGUACCUAAGUAAGCUCUUGGUUAAUUAUUUUUCUUCCCUGUACUAUACAUAGGUAUACGAUUGAGGAAUUUUUAAAUAUGUGUUACUAACAGUUUCUUGUGAUGGCUAUAAAAGAUGUAGCUUAAAAGAGACCCUGACUUCAGUUGGAAAAGAGGUUCUGAAUUUUUGGAAAUUUAUUAACCUUUGUAUUAAUCAUGGAUGACCAAGAUAAAAAACCUUUUCAUUGUAAUAUCUGUGGGAAGGACUUUUCUUUAAGUGUGACCUUCAAGGCUCACACAGUGCUGCAUAAAAGGGAAGCACCAUAUAAGUGUGGUUGGUGUGGUGAGGUGUUUGUUAGGAAUAGCAUUGAGCUCAAAAAUCACAUGCGCAAGCACCUGGAGGCUGAAAGUGAGGAUGAACAUAAUGCUCAGGAUUUGUCUUGCAAGUUUUGUGAUAAGAGAUUGUCCACAAAAUCCAGUCUUAAAAAACAUAUGCAAUUGCAUAAAAUACAAAUGCAUGACUCUGACAAAGCCUUUGAAUGUGAGGUUUGCAAGAAAGUUUGGGAAAAAGGAGUGUCUCAAGAUUCACUUGCAUCGGAGACACUCUGGGGAGAAACCUACCUUUACCUGUGAAAUUUGUAACGAGAACUUUGAAUCUAAGACUGCCUUGGCAAGACAUUUCCGCCAACACAAGGAUGAAUUGCAAUACAAGUGUGAUGAGUGUGGGAAAGUUUUUCGCAGCAAGAAGGUCCUUGGGAAUCAUAAGAAAAGGAAGCAUUGUGAUGAAUUGACACAUAAUAGUCAUGAAAAUAGUGUCAGUGUAAGUAACAUAAGAGAGUACAUUAAUCCUAUAGAGGAUUUGUCAGAUAAUAUCAUGGAAAAAAGCCCAAUGGAAGGUAUAGAAAGUAAUAUUGUAGAAAAGCAGUAUACCUGCUCUUCAUGUGGAAAACAGCUGAAUUCACAUAAAAGUGUUCUAAAUCACAUGUUAAUGCAUGCAGAGACUGUACUCUAUAGUUGUAAAGUGUGUGGCAUUGCUUUCUCAAACAAAACAUUGUUAGCUAAGCAUGAAGGAAAACAUGAUAAUUUCAAUGAAGCUGAUGGCUGCACAAAAGUAUUAUGUGAAGCAGUGGAAAGUCAAGAAAAAAUUACCCUGUAUAUUAAGAAUGACGACUCUUCGCCAAAUAAGUUCAACAAUAAGAGAAAAGUGUUCAUGUUGGAGGAAAGAGGACCACAUCUUGAUCAAACUGGGAAAAUAGUUAAUAAGAAGUGGAGACAAGGUGGUGAGAGGGAUAAAAAGGAGGAUGUGAUGGUUAUUAAUGAAGAUGUGGUGAUUGAGGUUGAAGAAGUAAUUAUUGCUGAAAAAGAGGAUGAUAACACAGAAUCUACGGGUGUUGUGCUAGACCCUCUUUUAUAACUAGUCAGUUUAUAAAUUCUUUCUUAUAGGUCUGAUGUGAGCCUAAAAAUGUUAAAAAUAAAUAGAAACAUUUUAAUGGUUUCCUUUCCUUGUUGAUUAAUGGAAAAUCCUCAAGUGAAAAGUAUUAAGAGAAAAUUUAGAAUAUUUUUAUAAAUUUUUUUUUUUUCCUUUUGGAUUCCAUUAAUGAUAGAUUGUUCAGUUUCACAUAUUGAGUUGUCAAUAAAAGUUUUUUGUGAAAUCUG